CGCAUUCCCGAGCUCUCGGACGCGCCACCGAGCUGCAAUUUCCUUGGACAUCGCGCUGCUCUUCCGCGCCGAGCAAGCUAAGCUACUCGGGCGACUUGAAGCACAGCGGCAAUUUGUUCGGCCGUGGCCGCGGAUUUGCUUCAAGCGACAAAGCGCGUGUUUCAUUGGCUCUUCAUCGACCAAUGGCAUCAAAGUGGGGCUCGGACGCUGGCCCUCGGAAAGUGCAAAAUGAGGGCUGUCGGUUGGAUCGGAAGUCUCGCCAUCACCCUUGGCACAUGCGCGCUCAUCGGACCCGCGCUCAUGGCGUGGAAGCCGCCGGCGCGCUGCGUCCACGCCCCGUACCCGCUCGCGCCCGCGGACGGCGCCGACGACGGCUUUGUACGCACGGGCAUCGUGGGCAUGGACAACUUCCUCUGCAUCUUUACGCACUUUUUUCUCGAUUCGCAGGCGUCUCCGAUCCCAUCGCGCGUCGAGAUGACCAACCAUCUCCUCUCGAGCGCGCUCUUGGGCGUCGCUCUCUUCAUGGGCCUCGAGUCGACGCGCCAGCGCGCGCGCGGUCCGUGCGCGUGGCCGGCGCUCACAGCGACCAUGUACCAGCUCCUUGGGAUCUCGGUCGUGCUGCCAAUGAUGUGGAUCCCGUCGUUUCUCUACUCGUACCCGCAGUCACUCGGGAAGGCGGUGGCCGUGCCGCUGCCGGUGCACGAACUCACGCUCGGCGCGAGCCCGCUGCUCGUGACGAUUGCGUUUGGCACGGCGGCGUUCGGUGCCAUCUUCUUUGUCAUGAUCCACUCGACGGGCCUCGACUUUCAGCGCGCAUUUGUGAUCUUUCAGUUUUGGCCCAGCGUCUUCCCGCUUCUCUUGCCGCUGCUCCGCGUUCUCGUGUCCAACCCGUCGACCAAAGCGUCGGCGACAACGGUCUCGAGGGUCGCCAGCGGUCUCUACAGACUCUUUGCGCUGGCGCUGACGCUGCACCAUUGGACGUUUCUCGUCGCGCCGUUGGUGCGUCGUGGGUCCGUUGCGCCGCUGCGUGACCUCUCUGCCUUCUUGCUCUCGAUGCCGUUGGAUGCAAACCAAGCGAUUCCCUUGUGGUUCCUCCUCGUCGACGCGAUCUCGCUCACAACGUCGAUGGCGCUCCUCGUUGUCAGUGAGUCGAGCAGUGCGCACGGUCUUGGUCGUGCCGCACGCUCGCUGGUUCUUUUUAUGCUGGCGACGAUCGCGCUGGGGCCCGGCGCCGCCUUUAGCCUCUUUUGCGCGUCGCGCGAAGACGGGAUUCGCGCCGAGCAUUGGAAUGCACCGAAGAAGUCGAAGCGUAGCUAGCUAAGAAGUGAUCUCUUCGCAGCGACACCACUGACGCGUUAUGAACCUUCAUACAAAUGACUGUCGCCACCACAUACUGAAUGAAUUGCUGAGCAAACG